GAGGAGCCAUGGGUGGGAUGGCGGUGCCUGGGCCCGCGCUGGCGCAGGCGGACCACCUCCAUCGGGAGCUGGAGAAGGCCUCAGAGGUGGCCGUGCUGCAGGCGCAGGUUGAGUCGCUGACUCAGGAGCUCGCCUGCCUCAGGUCGCGGUCCACGCUGGAGAUCGAGAUGCUCACCAAGGAGCUGGCAGAGGUCCGCUCGCAGUCUGCGGCGCAGAUCGGGGCUCUGGUUCGCGAGCUCGUUGGGCUACGGUCGCAGCUGUGCUUCAUCGGCCAAGCGGCCCUCGAGGAGAGCCCUCGUCCGCGCGCUGGGCGGCGCUCGGCUGGCCUCUCCACCAGCUGUGUCCUGGCGGCACCGGCAGCACCGCGUGCAUCGAGGAGAGCUCGCCGGCGCCCUCCGACGCGCCAGAACCCGCGCCCGCGCCGCCCCGCGGCGCGGCGGCUGUAGCGCCCAGCUGCGGCGGCGGCCGCGCGGGCGACGAGGUGCUGGCCUGCGGCCAGAGGCCGACCGCGACGGAGGAGCUGAAGUCCCUGCUCAGCGUAGGCUCCACGCCUCCUCUGAUGGACUCCCCCGUGCCGCGAUCGGAGCCCAUGCCGCUGAGCCUGGACGAGUUCUGCAUGUGGGAGAUGCAGGCGC